UUCCUUCCACCAACACAUUUCGCUUUGCAUAACAGUUGUUCCAAUUUGUUUAGAAUAAAUCAAUUAAAAUGUCCAAGGCGGCGGGUAAACUGAAGUCCCUAAAGAAGACAGUGGAUCGUGUGACACACACGAGCAAACUGAAGACGAAUAUACCCGCGGGAAUGGCCGCUGCUGGACCUCCGCUGGGACCGAUGUUGGGACAGAGAGCUAUUAACAUAGCCGCCUUUUGCAAGGACUUCAAUGCCAAGACCGGCGAAAUGAAGGAGGGCGUGCCAUUGCCUUGCCGGAUUUCCGUGAACAGCGAUCGCAGCUACGAAUUGGUAAUCCACCAUCCGCCGGCCACUUUUUUUCUGAAACAGGCGGCGGGAAUUCAAAGGGGCACCAUGACUCCUGGCAAGGAAGUCGCUGGGAUGAUCACGCUCAAGCAUUUGUACGAAAUUGCAGCGAUCAAGAUUCAGGAUCCGCCCAACGCCCUACUCACCAUGCAGCAAAUGUGUGAGAUGCUCAUCAGCAUUGCCCGGACCUGUGGCAUCAAGGUGGUCAAGGAAAUAGAUCCAGCGUCCUAUGGCGAGUUCCUGGAGGAGCGCAAAACUAUUGUGGAACAGCAAAGACGGGAAUUGCAGGAGAAGCGAGAGGCCAAGAUGUUGCGAACGGGCUAAGUUUGAUAAUUAGCACUUUGUCUUUAAUUGUUAAAAAUACAUUUAUAUCUAAAACGAA